UCCUGUUCAGACCCUCCCACCUUGUACGGGUGAGGGAGAGCGCAGCGCUACAGCAGUCUCUGAGGAACAACAUGUCAGCCUCUGUUCUCACACCCCCUACUGGGCUGGAGGCCAGCACACUCAACACUACAGGUCUAUCAGGGGGUUUAUGCGUCCAGACGAGCAGUGUGACAGGUUGUUGUUGUCCAGCUGGGGGCUGCCUGCUGCGGUCCUUGAACGCUACCGUCGUCAUGGUGUCUCCUCCAUGUUCCCCUGGCAGGCUCAGUGUCUCAGUCUGGGACGCGUGCUGCAAGGACACAACCUGGUCUACUCAGCCCCAACCAGUGCAGGGAAGACCCUGGUGGCAGAGCUGUUAAUGCUGAAGAGAGUCCUGGAGACCAGGAGGAAAGCUCUGUUUAUUCUGCCCUUCGUAUCCCUGGCCAAGGAGAAGAUGACCUACCUACAGAGUGUGUUCUCCGAAGCGGGGGUGUGUGUGGAGGGCUACAUGGGAGGCCGGGCUGCUCCAGGAGGUUUCAGUAGUCUGGACGUAGCAGUGUGUACUAUAGAGAAGGCCAACUCCCUCCUCAACAGACUCAUAGAGGAGGAUUCCAUGGACCUACUGGGUGUGGUGGUUGUGGAUGAGCUUCACAUGGUAGGAGACUCUGGUAGAGGAUACCUGCUGGAACUACUGCUCACCAAGAUACGAUACAUCGCCCUCAAACACAACACCAACAACAGCUCCUUAUCAGAAGGGAUCCAAAUCGUGGGUAUGAGUGCCACCCUCCCAAACCUGUCCCUGCUGGCUGGGUGGCUGGAUGCGGAGCUUUACCAGACUGACUACAGACCCGUCCCGCUGAAGCAGAGGCUCAAGGUGGGGAACAGCAUCUACGACUCCAGCCUCUCUCUGGUCCGAACCUUCCAGCCCCUGACCACGGUCAAGGGAGAUGAGGACCACAUACUGUCUCUAUGUUAUGAGACAGUGAGUGAGGGUCACUCUGUCCUCCUGUUCUGUCCUUCCAAGAGCUGGUGCGAGAAACUGUCUGACAGUAUUGCUAGAGCGUUCUACAACCUCAGACACACAGGUGGUCAAGUGGUCAGUGGCUCAGCGCUCCAGGCUGUGGCAUUGGACCAGGGGGGAGUGGUGGAUGUGUUAGCCCAGCUCAGACGCACCCCGGCUGGUUUAGACCCAGUCCUGCAACGCACCGUGCCCUGGGGGGUGGCCUUCCACCACGCUGGUUUGACGUUUGAUGAGCGAGACGUGUUGGAGGGAGCAUUCCGAGGGGGCGUGGUCAGAGUGUUGGCGGCGACCUCAACCUUGUCAUCGGGGGUCAACCUGCCUGCACGUAGGGUUAUCAUACGAACUCCGACCUUUAAUGGCCGUCUGCUCGACCCCCUGACCUACAGACAGAUGGCCGGACGCGCCGGGAGGAUGGGAGUCGACACUGAGGGGGAGAGUGUGUUGGUGUGUAAGGAGGCGGAGCGUCAAAAGGGUGUGUGUCUUCUCCAGGGCUCUCUGCAGCCAAUCAGCAGCUGCCUGGUGAAGAGGGAGGGGGAGGGCCUAACCACCAGCAUGCUCCGAGCCAUCCUGGAGAUCAUUGUUGGGGGCGUGGCCAGCUCUCCCCAGGAUGUGAGGCUUUAUGCUUCCUGUACGCUGCUGGCUGCUGGUGCCCGCUCUGACACCACAGGAGGGGCGACGGGAGGAGGAGUGCGGGAGGGAGCGAUAGAGGCAUGCGUGGAAUGGUUGAUUGAGAAUGAGUUCAUAUCUAUCCAAAGAGAGGAUAACCCCUGUGUUUAUAACCCCUGUGUUUAUAACUCCUGUGUUUAUAACCCCUGUGUUUAUAACUCCUGUGUUUAUAACUCCUGUGUUUAUAACUCCUGUGUUUAUAACCCCUGUGUUUAUAACCCCUGUGUUUAUAACCCCUGUGUUUGUAUCCUCCAGAUAACCCCUGUGUUUGUAUCCUCCACUGUGUUUAUAACCCCUGUGUUUGCUGAGUGGACCACAAUAGACUGGUACCAGUUCUGGUGUCUGUGGGAGGGGCUUGGCUCAUCCAAUAAGAGAGUAGCAGAGCUGGUUGGUGUUCAGGAGAGCUUCUUGGCUCGGUCUGUUAGCGGGAAACUGAUCGCCAAGACAGACAGACAGAGACGACAGAUGGCCAUACACAAACGGUUCUUCACUACUCUGGUCCUUCAGGACCUUGUCAAUGAGGUUCCUCUGGGUACCGUGGCAACCAAGUACAACUGUAGCCGCGGACAGCUACAGUCUCUACAGCAGUCUGCCUCCACGUAUGCAGGCAUGGUAACGGUGUUCUGCCGGCGGCUGGGAUGGCACAGCUUGGAGUUACUCCUGUCCCAGUACCAGACCAGGCUGAGCUUUGGGGUCCAGAGGGAACUGGUCGACCUGGUCAGGGUCUCACUGCUGAGCGCAACAAGGGCACGAACACUCUACGACCAGGGCCUCGCUACGGUGGCCCAGCUGGCCAGGGCAAAGGUCACUGAGGUGGAGAAGGCCCUACGCAAGGCUGUCCCCUUUAAGAGUUCUCGUCGUGCGAUGGAUGAGACCGAGGGGGAGGCAGCAGAGAGGCGGAGCUUACGGUGUGUCUGGGUGAGUGGGGGGCGUGCUCUGACAGAACACGAGGCAGCCAUUGAAAUCGUGUCUGAGGCCAGGCUCCUCCUCCAGCAAGACCUCGCUCUAUUGGGGGUGACCUGGGACCCAGCGACACUGCCCACGGAAACACGCCCUAACAACGACCAUGACAACGACUCACCUGAGACACAGCGGGACCGGUCCAAAUCCUGGAGAGAUAAAGAGAUGAGGUUAAAUGAGAAGAAAGAGAUGGAAGACGGAGGGAGAAACGUGGUUGAACAGAAAGAGAGCCCCCACCUCCCGAGUGGAGGAACCUCUGACCAGUGUUUCUGGGGGGACAGUAAAGAGGGACGGACUGGGCAUGGCAGGGAGAUCUCCUGCACAGGCAUGUAG